AUGCCACCACGAUGGCCCGGGGGAAGCCAAGGUCUUCUCUGUAGCAGCAUCCAAGCAGAAGGCGAGGAGGACGACAACGAAAAAACGAGAGGCCAAAACGCAAUUUUGCACUCUGCUACCCUCGCUCCGUACCUCAAUUACUGUGACUGCCCCCCCCUCCCCCCUGGAUCUGUCUUGAGACGGGAGACCGGGAGCAACUGGAAGAGAGAAAUGGACAGUCCCAAGACUUCUUCUUUCAACGGCAACGGCAGUUCACACCGUCGCAGGCUCACCAAGAAGCCCCCGCCGAACCACCAUCAUCCCUCCAGCGUCUACAGUAGCGUCAGUGUCAGUGUCGAUGGUCGUGGAGUUGACGCCCAAUCUUUAGGGAGCAAACGAAGCUCGACGAGCUUGAAGCGGGCCCCAAGCGCCCCCCUAGCCAGAAGUAGUCCCGCCGCCCCAAAGCACCUCCAGCAUCCAAACGCGUCCGACAAGCAGAAGCAGGCCUACAACAAGACCACCUCGCCACGCAUCCCCGCCGCACCACCGGCACCCUCGUCGGCCCUCUCCCCAGCAAACCGAUCGCAUACCGCGCCCAUCCUUCCCGCCCGCGACUCUACGGCACCUGCACCAAAGCCGCCAAAGCUGUCGCUGUCCAGAUCAUCGUCCACUGCCCCCCGCGCUCAACAUCGACCCCUCAGCACCAAGACCUCGGACGAGCUAAUUGGCGCUCCCUUUGACGGCACUGCCAUUCUCAAUCGCAUUGAAGCGACGAAGUCACCCACGCACCACACCACACCCGUCGCAACAAGCACAACCACCUCGCACCACCACCACUUCCACAAUAACACCGCCAAGCGUAACACAUCCCCGCCGCGAUCAACUCCUCACGCCUUGUCGCAAGCCAAUUCGGACGCCCGAGUCAUGGGCAACUCACCUCCGCCCCUCCGCCAAUCGGCGAGCUUCUCCGCCACAGAGGCAUCGUCUCUAAAUGAGAAGGCCAGCGGCUCGUCAAAGACGGAGAGCUCGACCGGGCCGAAGAGGUAUUCAGACGAGACGAAGGAGACCAAGAUGCCCAGUGUCUUGAGGAAAAAGUCGGGCUUCUCAGGCUUCAUGAACAGUCUGGUCGGCUCGCCAAAGAAGCCAUUGAUCUCGGCGCCAGAAAACCCAGUGCAUGUCACCCAUGUUGGUUAUGACAGCACGACGGGCCAGUUUACUCGAUUAAUCAACGAGAGCGGCAUCACGGAGAAGGACACACGAGAACACCCCCAGAUACUUGUCGAUGUUUUGACAUUUUACAAGGAGACUACAGAAAAGCCCCAGGAAGACGUACAACUAGAGAAGUUUCACGAUGCGCGAGCAAACGAUUACCGAGGACUAUCUGGGAGCACACCAUCUUCGGCGGCCUCGACCCUUCCCUCCCCAAGUGUGCUCACUUCUGGGUUCACAUCGAUGUCGCCUUUGAUAAGCCCUCCUGCAAGUCCGAGAUUCCCAACUGUCACCCACGAAGGCAGUUUCGAGAACCCUCGCGCACCCCCUCCGGUCCCCAAGGGGCCUGCUCCUCCAGUCAAAGAUGCCAACCUUAUGCCUAGCCGACCGGCGCCAAAACCACCAACCAGUCUCCCCUCGAGGACGCAGCAGCAGCCUGGAUAUCCAGCAAAGGACUCCGGAAUUGGCAUGCCACAUCCAGGAGAAGAUGGUGCCACACCAUAUCUCCCACCAAAGGACAACAUCCCAAUGUUGCCGGAGGAGCUCCGGUCCAGAUCAAACUCGCGAGCGAACGGCACCUCCCCUUACCUGCCGUCGUCAUCACAAGCUACAACGGCUGUCACCACCCCCAGCCAAGCAGCCAUCUACCAGCAGCAGCUGAUGCAGCAACAACAAGAGCAAGCCAUGGCACAAGCCCAAGCGGCCAUGACGGGCCAGCUGGGUCGGGCGACCAGCAAGCGACAACAACACCAACAGCCCACCCCGCCAUCCUCCCAACACCCCCAUCUUCGACAAGCCGAGCAAGCGGGUCGGGUACCACAAUCCCAACAGCAAGUCGCACAAGCCAACUCAACCCGCCCACGACACCGACCACGACAGUCUAACGGAGUUGACGUGGUCGCCGCCCUCAAGAGUAUAUGCUCCGAGGGCGACCCGCGGGAAGUCUACCGCGGGUUUACCAAGAUCGGCCAGGGUGCCUCCGGCGGAGUGUUUACUGGACAUGAGCGAGGGUCUAACAGGCUGGUGGCGAUCAAGCAGAUGAACCUGGAGCAACAACCCAAGAAGGACUUGAUCAUCAACGAAAUCCUGGUCAUGAAGGAAUCCUCGCACCCAAAUAUCGUCAACUUUAUCGACAGUUAUCUCUGUGCGGGCGAGUUGUGGGUGGUGAUGGAGUUUAUGGAAGGCGGCAGCUUGACGGACGUGGUGACGUUCAACAUUAUGACCGAGGGGCAGAUUGCGAGCGUGUGCAGGGAGACGCUCAGGGGAUUACAGCAUUUGCAUUCCAAGGGUGUGAUUCAUCGGGACAUCAAGAGCGACAACAUUUUGUUGAGCAUGGAGGGUAAUAUCAAACUCACCGACUUUGGCUUCUGCGCCACCAUCAACGAGGCGCAAAACAAGCGUACGACCAUGGUGGGAACCCCCUAUUGGAUGGCGCCAGAGGUGGUUACGCGAAAGGAGUACGGGCGCAAAGUCGACAUUUGGAGCUUGGGCAUCAUGGCCAUCGAGAUGAUUGAGGGGGAGCCGCCGUACCUGACCGAGUCGCCGCUGAGGGCGCUGUGGCUGAUCGCUACCAACGGGACGCCCACCAUCAAGAACGAGCAGGAUCUGUCGCCCGUGUUUAGGGAUUUCUUGUACUUUGCGCUCAAGGUGGAUCCGGAGAAGAGGGCGAGCGCGCAUGAUUUGUUGAGGCACGACUUCAUGAAGACAUGCGUUGAGCUAUCUUCCCUGGCGCCGUUGGUGAGGGCGGCGAGGGAAGCGAGGGCUCAGGAGAAGGCCCGGAAGGGGCAAUGA